AUAAAAGCGAAAAAAUGAUUGGAAAAAUUAGUUCAAAAUCGAAAAUGAAGACUCAGCAAGUCACAGCGAUUUUGCUGUGUGCCUUACUCGGCAGUACUUUGGGUCAUGAAUUCUUAAGAGUCAAACGCUUUGCACCCGAACCUAGAUCAGCAAAGUUAGCAUCACCAUUUGAAGACCGCGCUUUGGCAAAUCAACCAGAAGAAUGCACAAUCACUUGCGAUGUAGACGAUGGCAAAGGACAUCUUCAAAUUAUUUUCAACGAGACGACACAACUUCUUGGUGUAGUCAACGAAACAGCCAAAGUAGCGCUUGUCAUCGACAUAAAUGCAAAUUUGGUAGGAAUUUUCGAUGGAUCGACUGGGGCUGUGUUUAUAUUGAAUCUGAAAGCACAAACUGGUGUAUACAUAGCUGGAGGUCUGACAAAAAUCAGCUGGAUUAGCUCGCAGUCGACAUUUGAGAUCUUCUUCUCGAAAUUGACGUCACUCCAAAUAUUCCUGGAUCUGAAAAUCGGAAAAACAUUCACGUUUUCCGAUAUAUCAAGCGAUAUCUCGAAUAUACUCAUCAAGUUACUGAUCAGUUUUUCGUUUGAGUUCGGACUUGAAAUUCAAGGCAAUAUUAAGGCUUCAUUGACUCUCCUCGUCAAAAUAAGCCUUUCAAUUUCCACGUUGAUCAAAGGUUCUUUGAAAGGUUUCUUAGACGUCGGUGGAAAAGGCUUGAUAAGGCUGCACGGAGACUUUGUUUGGUUAGGCGGAGUUCUCGAAGGACUCGGAGUCUUGUUCAGCAAUAUCAAUGGUGGUUUAGCCACACUCAUCGCAGCUAGAGUUAAAUUCGAUUUAGCUUUGAUAUUCGGGGCAACCAACGGGCUGGAACUCUUCAUCAACAUCCUUUUCGCUAUUGCCGCGAGAGGCAGAAUCACUCUUCUCGCUGGACUUCUCAACUCUACCGAUAAACUUCUUGCUCUCAUUGUCCAACUUGGAGGUAACGUUUCGACCGGAGUGACUGGAGUCUUCAAAAUUAUUUUAUACAUCAAUGCUCUUAUUCGUGGGGAAAUCAAACUCGAAGUGCUCUUACAGACCCUCUUGGAAUUUGCUGCCUCUAGAUCUUCUCAGGAGAGCAUAGAUUUCCAGUUUUAUAUCGAAGCUCUAACGAAACUAGUAGAAAUUUCGGGAGCAUCCUCUUCGGGAGAAUUGACAGUAUUCGUUACUUGGGUAAGAAAUUUGCAGGCGGGAAAAUUCAUCAACGGCAAGGUCAACAUUUCAGAAAUCAUCGUAAUCUUGGUGAGCGGAUCAGUAACAAAUGCCCUGGUACUGGUCAUUUCGGUUCUUCUGAAGCUGACGGUGAUCGUGGGAUUCGGAAUAGCAGUGACAAUUCCCGCUCUGCUGUUCUACCUAGUUCUACAACUGAGAAGCGCUGUUGGUAUAUCUCUUCUGAGAAGUUUGGGUAUUAAAAUCGAAGUAACCAUAACCUCCGGUGGCAUUAUUUCAGGAAUAACGAAUGGAAUCAACAUUCAAUCCAUUUUGAGCAUCGUUGGAGGACGCCUCGACGUAGAAAAACUAGGAGGAGUAUUCCCAGUUUUUGGAAAAAUUUAUCAGAGCUUGUCUGUAGCUCUUCGCACAUCGAGUAACGGGUCUUAUGAUCUGUCAACUCUCGUCAAAUCUUCCUCGGUGCAAAGUGACCUUCAGGUGUUCAUCAAAGGAAUAGUGGGUUUGGCUCCAACUCCUAAACCAGAAGUAACCACCAAAUCUUCAGGCGGCUUUAUCGGCGAAAUUAUUGGCGGAAUAUUUGGAGGCGGAGGUAAAGGUGGUGCAGGAGGUUCAGGAAAUGCUGGUGGUUCAGGUAAUGCUGGAGGUUCAGGAAAUGUUGGAGGUUCAGGAAAUGCUGGAGGUUCAGGUAGUGCCGGAGGUUCAGGAAAUGCUGGAGGUUCAGGAAAUGCUGGAGGUUCAGGAAAUGCUGGAGGUUCAGGAAAUGCUGGAGGUUCAGGAAAUGCUGGAGGUUCAGGUAAUGCUGGGGGUGCAGGAAAUGCCGGAGGUUCAGGAACUGCUGGAGGUUCUGGACAUGUUGGAGGUUCAGGUAAUGCCGGAGGUUCAGGAGGCAUUAGCGCUGGAGGUCAACAUGGCGGCAGUGGUAGUAUUGGAUGGCACGGUGGCUGGGGAUGGGGUCACUAAUGCUGGAAGCAAAAUGAACAAUACCAGGAAAAUUGACACCGCUGCACGACAACUGGAGUGAUUUCUUAAUAGUUAGCGAUUAUAUUAUAUUAUCUGUAUAAAUCUAGCAAGUAAAUGGUACACAUUUUGUAAAAA